AUGUCGGAAUACGAAUUAUCUCAGAUCUAUCACGAGCGACAACGAUUGCAAUUUUGUCUCUUGCACGCCCUCAACAAUCUAUUUCAGGACAAAGACGCAUUCACACGGGAAAUCUUGAACUCAAUCUCAGAGAAGCUCGAGGCCGAUGGUCCGAACAAAGAAACGUGGACACCUCUCUCUUUGAUCCUCAAGCCUCACCACAACACGCUCACUGGAGACUACGACGUAAACGUUAUGAUCUCAGCUCUUGAAGGCAAAGGCAAGAGUGUUGUUUGGCACGAUAAGCGUAGAGGAGCUUCUUCGAUUGUUCUUCAUCAUGCAGAUAAUACACUAAUGGGUAUCGUGUUGAAUGUUCCGGUUACUCGGUAUGGUGGACUUUGGAGAAGCAGGCGUUGGGUUGUAAUGAGAAAAAUCAAUGGAGUCUGGUAUAACUUGGAUAGUGAUCUUGUUGUGCCAAAGCCGUUUAUAGACGAAGAUGAAGUAAUGAGGUUCUUGGAUCAGAACCUGAGUUUAGGUGGAGAAAUCUUGCUAGUGAACAAUGCUUAA